AUGUCUCCAAACAUCAAGUCCCCCCUGGAAUUGAGAACUACUUGUCUGGACAAAGUUUCUUUCAAACCAGUUGAGGGUGAACAGGUGCAAGAAAUGGAUAACCCAGAGCUGGGACACACCAUAGAGGACUUGGAGGUAGAAAAGCCAGGUAAAAUGGUUGGCUAUAGAAACACGAUGGAGAAACUUUCUUUAAUCUGGAAAGAUACAUUUUGGCCAGGAAGCAGUGACAAUUUCCGUGAUGAUGUCACUUGGAGAAGCCAAAUGUUCAUACCGUUCUUGAGUUCCAGAACACCCACACAGCCGUCACCAUAUACAGUGGUUUUGCAUGGUCCUGCAGGUGUUGGGAAAACUACAGUGGCCAAAAAUUGUAUGGUGGACUGGGCAAAGAGCUACAGUCAGAUAGUCAAGUACGCUUUCUAUCUCAGCUGCAAGGAACUCAAUCACGUGGGGGCGUGUACAUUUGCAGAGCUGAUCUCCAAAGAUUGGCCAGAACUGAAGGAUGACAUUAAAGAGGUCCUUCUAGCCCAAGCACAGAAAAUUCUGUUCAUUGUUGAUGGUUUUGAUGAGCUGAGAGCCCCUCCUGGGGCACUCAUCAGUGAUAUAUGUGGUGACGUGGAGGCAACGAAGCCUGUGCCUGUCCUCUUGAGUAGUUUGCUGAUAAGAAAAAUGGUACCCAGGGCCACUUUACUGAUCACUACACGACCCCGGGCCCUGAGAGAGCUCCGGCUCCUGGUUGAACAGCCCCUCUUCCUAGAAAUCGAGGGCCUCAAGCAUUGCCAGAACUUGCAGGAACUUACACUGCAGGUAGCCAAGGGGAUAUUCUUGGAGAAUGAUACCUCAGAAUCAGCACCUCAGUUUGAGAGGUCUCAAGCCGACUACUAUAUUCUUCACCACUGGAGAAAUCUGUGCUCUGUGGUCAGCUCAAACAGGACUCUGAGCUUUCUGGAUGUGAGUCAAAGCUUUCUGAGUGACUCCACAGUGAGGAUUCUUUGUGAUUAUAUAACCCGUGUCACCUGUCAUCUGCAGAAAGUGGUGAUUAGAAAUGUCUUCCCUACAGAUGCUUAUCGAGAUUUCUGUCUGGCUUUCAUUGGUAAGAAGACCUUGACUCACCUGACGAUAGAGGGCUGUGUCCAGUGGGAUGAGAUGAUGUUGGCGAUGUUGUGUGAGACCCUCAAACACCCAAGAUGCAACCUGCAGUAUCUGAGGUUGGGAUCUAGUUCUGCCACCACUCAGCAAUGGGCUGAUUUCUCCUCGGCCCUCAAAAUCAACCAGUCCCUGAUGUACCUGGACCUCUCAGACAAUGAGCUCCUGGAUGAGGGUGCCAAGGUGCUGUGUGCGACUUUGAGACAUCCAAAAUGUUCUCUGCAGAGGUUAUCGGUGGAAAAUUGUCAUCUUACAAAAGCCUCCUGUAAGGACUUUGCUUCUGUUUUGAUGGUCAACCAGAGGCUGACAUACCUGUGCUUGGCCAAGAAUGACCUCGGGGAUGGUGGGGUCAAACUUCUGGGUGAGGGCUUGAGUUGCCCUGAAUGUAAACUACAGACCCUUAUGCUCUCGAACUGCUACAUAACCAAACGGGGCUGUGAACAUAUCUUGAAGAUCCUCCAAGAAGACUCCAGCCUAACAAACUUGGACCUGAGUCUCAAUCCCAUCGCUACUGGAGUGUCAUUUCUCUGUGAAGCUUUAAAGGAUCCAAAUUGUAACCUAAGAUGCCUGGGGCUCUGGGGCUGCUCCAUCACUCCUUUAUGUUGUGAGGACCUUGCGUCUGCUCUCCUCAGCAACGAGAAGCUGGAAACUCUGGACCUGUUCCAGAAUAACUUGGGACAGAGUGGAGUAACGUUGCUCUUUGAGGCUUUAAAACAAAAGAAUGGACCCCUGAAGACACUUAGGUUGAAGGCAGAUGAAUAUGAUAUGAAAAUACAGAAGCUGUUGAAGGAAGUGAAAGAAAGCAAUCCCAAACUGACAAUUGCAUGUAAUGUUGCUAGCACAACUAGAUCGUCAUAUUGUGAUUUUCUUUCCUGAGCAGCCUGAGACCAUUCUCUCCAUUGUGUGUGUCUGGGGUGGGCGGUUGAGAUAUGAUCUAAGACAUCUCAUUAAUGAAGGUCAAAGGGUCAAAUGUUAGUAGAUUAGGUUUCAAAAUGUAGGAUUUAGCACUGCUCUUUUUUCCUCUCUGGCUUAUAGUAAAUUCUAUACAUGUCACAUCCACUUUAUAAUCACAAUGUUAUCUCUCACAAGAAUAAUAAAACAAAA